CGUUACUUACACACGGGGCGCCCUCUUGAUAUCCAACUCUCCGCCAUAACUUAUCACUCUUCACCCCACGAGAUCGCGUUCUACAAUCACCAACCACUUAUAGAUGCGGACAGCUAGCUUCAGGCACAGAAUUCCAGUCAGACGUUCAGAAGACAGCAGGUGUCCAUGACAUCUCCCGGAGAUGCUGCUCCGGUCAAGCCUCUGCCGUCCUUUGCGCCAGGAGCUCCGAUCGUUGUCCCCAAGACCAGAUAUCCAGAUGAAGUCGAGUCUUCUAAUUCAUUAAAUUCGAACCUAGCCGACUCUAACAUCAUACAAUCACCAACUGUGCCUUUCUCUCCGGAGCUCCCGUCGCGCUCAGCAUCUCCAAUCUCGAGGGUGUCGACAUCCACCCCCCGCCUUAGCAGAUCAUCGCUUGGGUCAUCUUUAGGAGGUCCGCUCGAUGGCGCAAAUGAUAUCAGAUCACUGAUAAUCCGCGCUUUCUCUCCUACGAUUGGUAUUUACGCGUCAGACGAUACGAAUGAAUUGGUACGGCAGAAGGGUUUCAAAGACGGUUUCUGGGAACUGGUCCGGCCGUUUGGAGAGAAUGUUCCGGGCAAGGUGGUGAUUCGAGACAGCAUUGGUUCUAGUCGCGGAUGGGAGGAUUAUGGAGUACGCUUCGCUGAGCUACCAUCAGUAGGCCAGUCUCCUAAAGCCGCAGGCGGUGGUCCGGAGUCGCCGCUGGGUCAAAUAGAGGAGAUCUUGGAAAGACAGUUGGAUUCAGCUGACGAGCCUUUGGGCGGGCUGUUUCGUCCUAGUGAUAUACCUUCGGGAAAUGUCCCGCCUACAUCUCCUUUCUAUAAACUAUUUCUCCGUCGAUUGCUCUCGAGCUCCACUGCCACGCCGCAUGAGACAUUCAGACACCCUGUUGCUUGUGUCAUUGCCAUCAGCUCACGCAACUCAUCUCCUCUUGAGUCAUUACGACAGCUCUAUGCGGAAACCAGCCAAGGAAGCCGGCGGCCUCCUCCUUGGAUGCAUCCGGAAUACCUCAGAUAUUAUGUCUUGGUUCACGAUGAGGAUCGAGAUGAUAUCACAGAAUCGACCAGGCUUUAUGAUCAGAUGAAGCGACAUUUUGGGCUGCAUUGUCAUCUACUGAGAUUGCGGAGUAAUCAGUGCGUUAUCACAGAUGAUGAUAGUGUCCAGGUACCGCCUUGCGAGUGGCUGUCACCGUCGGAGGAUCUGUCGAGGAUGGGUGAAACACAGACAUUGGUGGAUCUCGGAACAGAGGCCCAAUACCUUUUUGAAUCAGACGUGACAGCCAUCAAGACAUUUGUACGAGAGUUGGUUGCGCAGUCCGUGAUUCCAUACAUGGAAAAUAGGGUAGCAGUUUGGAAUGAUCAAGUAGCAUCUCGACGGCGUGGACUGAGCGGCCGCUUUAUGUCCAUGUCUCGGAGGUUUGCUGGGUUCGGUGCCGGCACCAGAUCGACCUUCAUAGGCUCCGGGUCGGGCUCUACAAGUGGAAAUUAUGAUACCACUCAGGGUUUCUAUCAGCCGGAUUCCCCAGAGGCCCUCUUGCGGAAGAUGGCGGAUUUUGCAUUUAUGCUUCGCGAUUGGAAGUUAUCUAGUUCUACCUAUGAGCUCCUCAGGUCGGACUUCAAUAACGACAAGGCUUGGAAAUACCACGCUGGGGCGCAUGAGAUGUGCGGCGUAAGCAUGCUGCUGAACCCACUUGCAGCCACUGCGAAAACCAAGCUGGAGAGUAUCGACCAGAUGUUCGACAUUUCAUGCUAUUCGUACCUGACGCGAUGCUCCGAUGCGCCCAACGCUCUCCGAAGUCUUGCCCUGGGGAGUGAGCUUUUGAAAUCUCGAGGCGGUUCAGCCGUUGAAAGCGCUGCAAAGUGGGCCAUGAGGGUGAUGGACUUGGGACUGGUUGGCUCAAUCGGUCAAGUCCUCUACAUGGAACGGGUUUCUGCUUGCUACGCAUCGAAAACCGGAGCAGGUCCUGCAAAAUGGGGCGCUCGUCGACGGAAGGCCGGUAUGUGGUCUAUCCUUGCUGCCGAUUCCUGGAUGAGGAUGGGCAAGCCAACCCUCGCAUCGGACUGUCUUGAAGAGGCAGAGCGACUAUAUGCAGAGGUUCUAGAAUCCGAGGGCACCUUCCCCCUCCCAGAGAUGCAAAACUUCGUUGAUAACCUGAAGCGUGCGGUCAAGGUCGAGUACCUAGAAUCCAGGGGAAUCGACACAACUGACGAAGCUGCCACGGCAUCCCAAUUGGGCACUGAGGAGACGAGCGAGAAGCUAGAUCAUCGCCAUCGCCGCAACAAAUCUACGAUUGGAGGAGUUGCACCUCAUGAGACGGGCCCUCUUAGCCACGCGAGGGCGACUAGGGACGAUAACGACACUCGUGAUGAUGACUUUGAAUGAGCUAAAAUAAACAGGGCUUUGAUACCGGGCGUAUAAAGAGGGCAUUCCACUAUAGAGCUAGGAUCCAAAGUGAUGUCACGGCAUCUAUUGGACGGAGUUCAAAGGGAGGUGUAUCUACUAUUAGUCUCCUACAGCUGUUCACGGUGAAUAUAAUAAUACGACAGAAAUAUCCAUAUUAUGCUAUUUGACCUA